UGUGACAAUACCCAUUUUUAAUAUAACGGUCGUUUUGUUUAGUUUGAAUUACCAAUAGUAAUUUUAUUGUUGUGACAUAUAUGUAGAUGUUUAAAAUGUUAUUAACUUAAAUCAGUGUUGAAGACUAGAUAUUUUAUAAUACCUUGUGUAAUUUGCAUGAAAAAUCAUAAUGAAAAGGGGAAUUAAUGGACAAUCAGCUAAGAAACCAAAAAAACCCAGAUCUGAAGAUGACAUUAGAGAUCCAAUACAAGUAUUUUGUCGUGUGCGUCCUGCUCCAACAACAAUUGAAAGUCCAUGUAUUAAAGUUGUGUCCGACACUGAUCUACAAAUUCAUUGUUUACCUGAUGACAGAGGAAUAUCUAGAGAGGGCCAAUUUAGUUAUAAAAAAAUAUUUACUGAAUAUGAAACCCAAGAUGUAGUUUUCCAAGAGUUAGCACUACCCCUUAUUGAGCAACUAUUAAUGGGAAAAAGCAGUUUACUAUUUGCCUAUGGUAUAUCUGGCAGCGGUAAAUCAUACACAAUGACUGGAAAUCAAGAAGAUGGUGGUAUUGUGGGUCGUUGUUUUGAUGUUAUUUUUAAUUCUAUUCAAGAUUAUCAAGCAAGGAGAUUCACUUUUAAACCUGAUAAGUUGAAUAGUUAUGAUGUUUUAAGUAUAGAAGAUGCUAUGCUAUUCAAAGCUGAAGAUUUUAAAAAUAAUGUUAAGUUUCCCAAAACUCCAAAAAAAAAAGAUGGAGAAUCUGAUAGAGUAUCUUUUGACUACAAAAUUGUUGAUAUUGAACAAGAUGUUGCAUAUUCUGUAUUUAUAAGUUAUGUAGAAAUAUAUCAUAAUUAUGUAUAUGAUCUCUUAGAAAAUGUAUCUGAUGGGGAAAUUAGACGAAAUAGUAAAAUUAUUCGAGAAGAUUCAAAUGGAAAUAUGUAUGUUCACGGUGUCAAUGAACAAGAAGUAAAUAGUGCUGAUGAAGCCUUUGAUUGGUUAAGAAAAGGUCAAUUACGUAAACGAACAGCACCUACUUUUUUGAAUAUAGAUUCUAGUAGAAGUCAUACUGUAUUUACACUACGUUUAGUUCAAGCACCUCUUGAUGCAGAUGGAGUAAAUGUAAUUCAAGAUAAAAAAUUCACUGUAGUAAGUCAAUUAUCAUUAGUUGAUUUAGCUGGGAGUGAGAGAGCUGGAAAAGCUAAAACUACAGGACAAAGAUUACAAGAAGCAGGUGAAAUAAACAAAUCAUUGUCAAAUCUUAAACAAUGUCUUAAAAUAUUAUAUGAAAAUCAAUCCUCAAGUAACUUACGUAGUAUAGCAGAAAAAAUUCCAUAUAGAACAUCUCGACUUACACACUUAUUUAAAAGUUUUUUUGAAGGGUCUGGUUCUAUAAGAAUGUUAAUUUGUGUUAAUCCAAUGACUGAAUAUGCUGAACUUUUGCCUGUUUUACAAUUUGGAGAAAUGUCUGGUAGUGUUCAAGUUAAAAGAAUGACACCUUUAAGAAUGGAUUUGGGUUUGACACCAGGUAGAAGAAAAAUGAUUGAUGUGCAAACAAUAAAUCGUAUUCCAUGUGUUUUAGAAGAGGAUUUCAAAGAUCCAAAUGAUAAUAAAAAUUGCAAUGAAAUAAGAGAUAAAUAUUUUCCCAAUUUUUUAGAUCUUGGGCCUCCAUUACCUGAAUUAAAAUUUGAAGAUUUAUUAGUUAAAGAUAAGCGAGAGCAAAUGUUAAUUGCUCUAGAGCAAAGAAUCAAGAAAAAAGAUGAAUUAAGAGAAAUUUUAAUUAAUCAAAGCAAUGAUAUAAGGUCUAAUAUAGUGCUUUUAGAAAGUAAUUAUAAAAAUGCUGCUCAAGAAAUAAGUUCUCUUCAAAUACUUCGUGAUCAAGAUAAAAAUAAAAUAAAACAAUAUCAAAAUAAGGCAUUUUUACUAGAAAAUGAGAUGGCUUCAUUUAAAAGAAAAUUUGAAUUAAUGGAAAGCGAAAACAAAAGAUUGAAAGCUGAUUUAAAUGCUAAAGAUAAUAUGCUUAACCAAGUAUCAGUUGACAAAGAUUUGCUUAAACAAAAAUACAAUACCAAAAUUAUCAAAAAACAAGAACAACUAUCAAAAGACUUUAAAGAUAAAUGGAGAGUUCAAGAAAAUGAGUUUGAAGCUAAAUUACAAGAAAAAAAAAGAAAAUUGAGACAUAUUAAAAAUAUUGCUGACAGUGUAGAGAGUAUUCCAAGACUCUCCAGUAGACAUACAAUCAAACGCACAUUAUCUGAUGAAAGUUUAAGUAAACCAGAUACAGCUGUCAACAAACCCACUGAAAAUACACCCAGUAAACCAUCUCAAGCAACUUUGCGAUAUCUUCGAUCUAGAAGAUCAAAGUCUUGUGAUCCUCAAGAACGUUGGAUUGAACAUAAACCUCCUGUACCUAUUCCAUUACAAACUGUUAUGCAGCCCACAAUGAAAAAAAGGAAAUCAGUUACAAAGUUGACAGAUGCUAAAACAGUAUCUAAAACUGAUGCAUCCAAAUAUUGCUUAUUAACUCAAGAACAAGAUGAAAAUGGAAUUCCAGAAGCGAAAUUAUACAAGGGUGAUAUAAUACAAACUACAGGAGGAGGAGCUCAAGUAGUUUUUAACGAUGUUGAAACAUUAAAACAAGAUUCUCCGUUAGGUGGAUCACCUGUCAAAAAUCGCAUACAAGCAUAUAAUGAAGAAAUUAAAGCUCAUGCUUCUGAUGAUCUUCAGUCAAGAUGUUAUGGUAUACAUGGUUAUACACCAGUGUCAAGGAAAUAAAUUAUAAAAUUAAUGAUUAAGAUUUAUGUUAUUUGACUUGUUGAUUUUUUAAUCAUUCAUAGACCAACAUUAAUUUUUAACCCUAAAAUUAUAUUUGUGUAACUGUAAGUUUUACUAAUAUCAAGAUUUUAUAAAACUAGCAAUUAAGAAAUAAUAAUACCAAAUCUUACAAUUAAUUCAGUUUAUCAAUUUUAUUGUUUUGUGAUAUACAUUUUACUGUACAUUUAUACCUUACCAUGUUUUUUUUAUAAUUAUAUAGAUUUUUCAAUACAUUAAUAAUUAAAUAAAUUCUUAUCAUUAUUUCUUUUAAUUGCUAACAAAUUACAUAUUUUUAUUACAAUUAA